GCGUCUGGACCUGUUGUUGCGGGAGUGGCUGUUGCCGUUGGUGCCUAUGGACUGAGUACCAGUCUGAAGCUGAUAACAAGGUAUUCUCCUGUUGUUGCUCAGAAGUGGGACCAGUUGCAGAAAUCAAACUUCGCACGAAGCUACUACAAGGGUGGUUUUGAGCCAGAAAUGAACCGACGAGAGGCCGGCCUAGUUCUGGGCGUCAGCCCUUCGUCCGAUAUAAAGCGAGUUCGUGAUGCGCACAGACGAAUUAUGCUGGCAAACCAUCCCGAUCGUGGGGGCUCGCCAUUUUUGGCCAGCAAAAUAAAUGAGGCUAAGGAACUAUUCGAGAAAAAUGCCUGAUUUCAAUGUACGGAAAUGAGAUAGUGGCUGUGCAGACAACAAUUUACACAUUAAUAAAGUGAUUCAAUAGGACACAUUUUCUCUUUGAAAAUGUGUAGGAAUAUCGCAUUCGAACAGCUGCGCAUUCAAAUGAGAAUCGGUUAUUGUG